AUGGACAGCAACAGCACUGCGUGGAGCUCUAGCUCUCAUCCUCCACCCAACCACGGCGUGAUGGCGACCGUGGUGCCCACCAUCUUCCCUCGGGUUGGUUUCAGCAUACUUUCCUUCCUCAUGUUCAUCAAUACAGUGUUGACAGUUUUCAACAACAGCCUCGUCAUCACCGUGAUGCUGAGGAACCCAUCUCUCCUCCACCCAAUGAACGUUUUCAUCCUCAGCCUGGCCGUGUCGGACCUCAUGAUAGGCCUGUGCGGCUCCUUGGUCGUCACCAUCACCAACUACCAAGGCAACUUCUUUAUUGGCCACACGGCCUGUGUGUUUCAAGGAUUUGCAGUCAAUUACUUUGGUUUGGUGUCCCUCUGCACUCUGACCCUACUCGCCUACGAACGCUACAUCGUGGUGUGUAAACCAAGAGCUGGUUUUAAACUGAGCAUGCGGAGAAGCGUCAAUGGACUCAUAUGUGUGUGGGUCUUCUGCUUGUUUUGGGCCGUGGCUCCACUGUUCGGCUGGAGCUCCUACGGACCUGAAGGAGUCCAGACCUCCUGCUCUCUGGCCUGGGAGGAAAGAUCGUGGAGCAACUACAGCUAUCUCAUCCUCUACACCCUCCUCUGCUUCAUUUUCCCCGUCAUAGUCAUCAUCUAUUGUUACUCCAAAGUGCUCAAAUCCAUGGAUAAGCUGAACAGGAGUGUGGAGCUCCAAGGGGGGCGUUCCAGCCACAAAGAGAAUGAUCACGCCAUCAACAUGGUCCUGGCCAUGAUUGCAUCUUUUUUUGUUUGCUGGCUGCCCUACACAGUGUUGUCAGUGGUGGUGGUCGUGGACCCUGAGCUCUACAUCCCUCCACUGCUUGCAACCAUGCCCAUGUACUUUGCCAAGACCAGCCCUGUCUAUAAUCCCAUUAUCUACUUUCUCUCCAACAAACAGUUCCGCGACUCCACCCUGGAGGUGCUGUCGUGUGGACGAUACAUUCCCCAUGGACCCACUAGUGUCAGCAUCAACAUGCAUACCUUGAACAGAAGGAGCCACAUGAUUCCUUUAAGCAGGAAUAUCAACAUGCAAUGCAAGGUUUUGCCUCUGUGACUGUCUCCACUGUUAUGGUUGUCAGCGUAUGUUGGUGCCUCAUCAUGGACACAGACCUGCACAUCCACAG